GUCAGUUGAUCGCAACCGGCUCUCAGGAUGCUUCCAUCAAAAUCCUGGAUGUGGAGCGGAUGUUGUCCAAAAGUGCCACCCCGGCCGACAUCAUGGCAUUGGAGACACCACAGCAACAGAUGGAGAACCAUCCGGUUAUCCGGACACUUUAUGACCACAACGGGGAGGUGACCUGUUUGGACUUUCAUCCGUUUGAAUCCAUCUUGGUGUCAGGGAGUGAUGAUUACAGCAUCCGUUUCUUCGAGUACUCCAAGCCGUCUGUCAAGAAGGCCUUUAAAAGUAUUCAGGAAGCCUCCGAGCUGACACAGGUGUCUUUCCAUCCGAGCGGAGAUUAUCUACUUGCUGGUACCAGACACCCAACAAUCCGACUGUACGAUGUGAACACAUUCCAGUGUUUUGUUGGCAGCAACCCGCAGGAUCAGCAUAGUGGAGGAAUAACAGGGCUGAAGUGGAGUCCCAACGCCAACACCUUCGCCUCAUGUUCCAUCGAUGGCUCCAUCAAGAUCUGGGAUGGGGUCAGCCACAAGUGUAUCAACACCUUCCACAAGGCUCACGACGGCAAGGAGGUCUGCUCUGUGGUCUAUUCCAGGAACUCUAAGUACCUGCUGUCAUGUGGGAAGGACUCGCUGGUCAAGCUAUGGGAGCUGACCACUAACAGAUGUCUGAUUGUCUUCACCGGAGCGGGAGUGACCGGAGGCAUGGACCACCGAACAGUGGCUUGCUUCAACCACACAGAGGAUUACGUUCUGUUCCCGGACGAAAAGACCACCAGUUUGUGUUGCUGGGACUCCAGGAAUGCUGAGAGACAGAGGCUGCUUUCCUUAGGUCACAACGGAGUGGUCAGAUAUCUUGCCCACUCGCCAACAGGUCCAGCGUUUGUAUCCUGCAGUGAUGACUUCCGAGCCAGAUUUUGGUAUCGGAAAGCUACGACGGAUUAA